AUGUAUAUUUAUUUAUGCUUCAAUAAAAUCACUUUUCAAAACCUAUUCGCGCGAACGGACGUGUCUCCAACCGAAAAUUUCGCUUCGCUUCUCGGCCUUUGUUCUGCUCCGCCAUCGCUGGUCAAGUUGAUGACCAAAGUUAUUCCUGCUGUUUCGAAUCCUUCGACGCCGUUUGGGACCCAAUUUCGUGGGACACUAUCAACGGAAUCCUACGUCCGUACAUGGUCCUUCGAGCCGGAUCUCAUGACUGAAAGGUUUCGUCGUCUUCUGAAUUCGCGGAAGACUCCAGGAAACACAGAGAUUGCUGGCAUUGGUGGAAAUAUUUCUGCAGUUUCGCUGUUUUCGACUGUCGCUACGGUUGCCUCACGGUUCAACAACUUCCGAGUUCCGCUGGAGUUUAUCGUGAUGGAUAAGGUGACCAGCGAUUUUCCAACUUGCACCAUCGAUGUCAACGACUGGGCCAUCCCGGAGAAUAUUCGUCUCGCCGAUCCAUCGUUUGCUACGCGUGGUCCCAUCGAUAUGGUGAUUGGUGCACGGGUUUUCUUCGAGCUCUUGCGAAGCGGUCACUCCAAACUUGGCGACGGAAAACCGAUGCUCCAGAAUUCGGUGUUUGGUUGGCUCGUAUCCGGUUUUCACGACAGUGGUUCCAAUGCUGAUGAAGUUCGGGUCCAUUGUAACCUGUCGACGUUCCACGAUCUUGAGCAGAGCGUUAGCAGAUUUUGGGAGCUUGAAAUGUGCCAGACAAAUUCUACGUUGUCAGUUGAGGAGCGCCUUUGUGAGAACCACUUCGAAUCAACAACUCGCAGGGAUGAUUCCGGACGUUACAUCGUUAGCCUGCCCAAAAAACCGGAACUUAUCGGUCAGCUGGGAAAUUCGCGUGCUAUCGCCACUCGUCGAUUCUACUGCCUCGAAAAACGUCUUGAGCAGAAUUCCGAUCUCAAGGCACAAUAUUCCUCGUUCAUGUCCGAAUAUCUUUCGCUUGGACAUAUGAAAUUGGUUGAUGCUGUCGAGGAUGCUCCGGGUCGCCAUUUCUAUUCGCCACAUCAUGCUGUUUUCAAGCCGGACAGUUCUUCUACGAAGCUGCGAGUAGUGUUCGACGGUUCCUGCAAAACCACUUCGGGUUUUAGCCUCAACGACUUGCUGCUGAAGGGUCCAACUGUUCAGGAUGACAUGAUUUCGAUCAUUCUACGGUUUCGGAUGCAUCCUGUUGUCGUAACAGCUGACGUGACGAAAAUGUAUCGCCAAAUCUGGGUAGCAGAGGAAGAUCGGGCUUAUCAGCGGAUUCUCUGGCGUGAAUCUUCUUCGGAACCACUUCGUACGUACGAGCUCACGACGGUCACCUAUGGCACCACCACCGCACCGUACCUAGCAACACGAUGUCUGCAGCAAAUAGCCGACGAUGAAGCCCAGAAGUUUCCGAAAGCAGUUCCCGUAGUCAAACAAGGUUUCUACGUUGACGACGUUAUGCGUGGCUUCGACACAGUGGAGGAAGCAGUUGCAGCUAUACGAGAGACGUCUCUGAUGCUGAAUUCCGGUGGUUUUCCUCUCUGUAAAUACGCAUCCAAUGUUCCAGAAGUAGUUGAGCAGUUUCCAGCAGAGCUUCGAGAACAGGCCUCCGUUUUGGAACUUGAUCGUUCGUCUCCAAUCAAAGCACUCGGCUUAUUUUGGAAGCUUACCUCCGAUGAGCUUCUGUUCAAAGUUCCUGAAUGGCCAGACGUCCCUUCGACCAAGCGAAAUAUCCUGUCGCAUAUCUGCAGCUUGUUCGAUCCGCUUGGGUUAGUUGGUCCGGUGAUUGUUCGUGCGAAAAUGCUGAUCCAGCUCCUUUGGGAAAUGCAGUUAGGCUGGGAUGAUCCGGUUCCCACAAGUAUUUCCGACCAGUGGAUGGAGAUAUCAUUGCAGCUCCCGAUUUUGUCGCAGCUUUCGAUUCCUCGCUUCGUGUUGACGGAGAAGCUAGCCAUUUUAGAGCUUCAUGGGUUUGCUGACGCUUCACUGCGUGCAUAUGGUGCCUGCAUCUACCUUCGUUCGAUAUCCGCAUCGGGUGCUGUCACUGUCCGCCUGAUGACAGCAAAAUCCAGGGUUGCCCCAACCCUCGCACGUCUGGAGUUGUGUGCUAGUCUUCGUUUGGCCAAUCUACAGAAUCAACUGCUGGAGAGCCUUCAACUCCAAUGUCCCCGGUUUCUGUGGUCGGAUUCUACAAUCACGCUGCACUGGAUUUCGCGUGAUCCAUCGAAUUGGAAUUCCUUCGUUGCCAAUCGGGUUUCGCAGAUUCAGCAGUUAACUGAGACCGCUACGUGGCUGCAUGUGCCUACUGAAGACAAUCCGGCUGACCACAUUUCGCGUGGUUUGACUCCAGAAUCCAUCGUUGGCAAUGAAUUGUGGUGGAAUGGUCCGAAAUGGCUGCUUCGUCCUCCUCAACAUUGGCCUGCGUCCGCGUAUUCCUGGAAAACCCAGCCGCCGCCAGAAGUAGACACCGAGAAAAGGAAAGCCGUUCCUAUUUCCGCAGUUUGCACUCACCAAGAGUCCUGGACCCGAGAAACGUUGGGCUAUUUUGAUAGCUACUACCGCCUACUUCGAAUCAUCGCCCUUUGCAAGCGUUUCAUGAAUAACUGUAAGUUAUUGGAACAUGCACGCACCGUAGGAUUUCUGGUACCUUCCGAGAUUCGUUCGGCAGAGUUGUCACUUCUGCAAUGCGUGCAGCUCGAAGAGUUCGCUGAAGAUCACAAACGUUUACGGCAAGGAUCGACCGUUUCGCAGAAAUCUCCGUUGCUGAAACUUCGCCCGUUCAUGGACCAAAAUGAACAGUUGAUUCGUGUGGGAGGUCGCCUCAAAAACGCUCCAAUUCCAUUCGACCGAAAAUAUCCGUUUCUCAUUCCGAAGAAGCAUUUCAUCACGGAUCUUAUCUUCCUCGACGCCCAUGAAGAAACGCUUCACGCAGGACCUUCUCAUCUAUUGGCAGCGGUUCGUCGUCGUUACUGGCCAAUAGAUGGUCCAAAUAAAGCCCGUAAUACAGUCCACCAAUGCAUCGUCUGUUUCCGCAACAAACCGAGAUUCGCUCAGCAAGUUAUGGCACAUCUUCCUGCUGUACGCGUUACACCAUCGCUUCCAUUCACCAGUACCGGAGUUGAUUUCAUAGGUCCAGUGUACUUGAAACCUCCUUGCAAACAGGGCCCAAUCAAAUCCUACAUUUGCGUCUUCGUUUGCAUGGUUACCAAGGCCGCACACCUCGAACUGGCAAUGAGCCUUACAUCCGACGCUUUCAUCGCAGCGCUAAAACGGUUCUGCUCCCGGAGACGACGUCCAUCAGAAAUCUACUGCGACAACGCCACGAAUUUCGUCGGCGCCAAGAACCAACUGGAAGAACUUCGUGUUCUCUUCCUGUCGCAACGGCAUCAGUCCGAGAUUGCCAGAACAACAGCCCGAAUGGGAAUCGCUUUCCAUUUUAUCCCACCACGCUCACCCACCUUUGGAGGGUUGUGGGAAGCUUGCGUCAAGUCCGUGAAACAUCGCCUACAUCGCGUGACUCUUGAUGUCCUUCAGACGCAAGAGGAAAUGACCACUACGGUCGCACAAAUCGAAGCGUGCCUCAACUCCCGGCCGCUUACUCCCCGUUCCAACGAUCCCACAGACCUCGAGGCCCUAACUCCAGGCCAUUUCCUAAUCGGUGGUCCAAUCCUAGCUCUUCCCGAACCAAACCUUACCUCACUACCCUCCAAUCACCUGUCCCGCUGGCAAGACCAACAGCGUGUUCUCCAAACGCUUUGGGAUCGCUGGUACGUCGAAUACUUGCCCACUCUACAGCGUCUCCAAAAAUGGCCCGGUAAACACCCGAAUCUAGCCGUCGGUGACAUGGUUCUGGUCGAAGACAACAACUUGCCUCCUACGAAAUGGCCCAUCGCUCGAGUCCUGAAGACAAUUGUUGGCGACGAUGCGUGUGGCAGAGUUGCAGACGUGCUGUGUGACGGAAACCAAAUCCGCCGAUGCUCAAUCCGCAAAAUGUGCCCACUCCCACAUUGCGAAGCCUCCGAAUCCUCCACAGUUACGGAAUCCGAGCGUCAGCCUUCCGCUCCGAGCUGCACUCCCCAACCAUCUCCCACAAUUGAUCUUCAGGCUACAUCAACACUUCCGGCCGCUGCUCAACUUCUGGCUCCAAACAGCGAGAAUGAUUCCGACGACGACAACGACGGGUAA